UCCACUCUUUACCUGCCAUAGGAUUCACUGAGCAGAUUACAGUGCUGACAACAUGGCCAGUGCGGUCACACAUGACCUAUCACAUUACUACAGGACAAUCGAGGGCUCUGGACAUCUGUCGAAAACAUUUGAGUCCAGUGAAGUGCUGACCCCCCUGCAGACACCCCAGCGCCACACAGUUUCUCAAGAAAGUUACCAGAGAUAUUGGGAAAAUGCUUCUAAAGUGCCCCGGUGCCCAUGGGGCAGAGACCGUGACUAUGGUGGCAUUGGGCCCAUUGCAUUACCAGAACACCAUCGGCCAAAAGAGGAACCACCUCCUGCAGUGAUGAAAGGACAUCGACAUUUUGGCUUUGGGGGGAAUCCGUGGCCAACAAGUGUUCCUAUACAGCAAUAUUAUGAUCUGACAUAUCUGAAGAAAAGCAACGUACGUACAAAUGAUCAGUUAGUUCCAAAGCCACCAGAUGCAGAAAUUAGUGAAAAGCAGAUUCAAGUGCCUUUCCCAGCAAAGCAUCCAUACCAGUCCCACAUCUCGUACUAUGCAAUGUUCCCCACAUUUAAAUCUCCUGAUGAUCCAGAUUCUGGCCUCAAUACUAGGAAUGGUGUUCAAGUUAACCUUAAUGUUCCAGCAAUGAGUCAUGACAUCAGAGUACUACAGAAAGCUAAAGGCAGUCCUUAUAGACAUGAGGUCAUUGACAUUCCACCCAUAUCAAAGAGAAAAGUUUUACAGUGGCCUGGACAAAAUGGAUAUUAUCAGAUACCCAAACAACCCGAAGAGCCUGGCCAGGUUUAUUAUCCCAGGCCACCAAAAACUGUAGCCCCAAAUAUGACUUUACGGCCUUGGGAGAACACACUCUCAGAAAGAACAGCAAACAUGUUGAAGAACCUGGAAAGGUCGCAGUGGCUUAGCAUAUACUCUCUAAACUUCACAGGAAAUGGUCCUAUGAACCCCCUGCAACUGGACGAUUAUCAUGAUAAAAUGAUUGGAGCAAUUACAGGAAAAAUAAACCCAUUCAUGGCUGAAUUAAGAGAGCGCUCACAUUCAGCCUUCACACCAGCUCGUCCUUUUGAAGGCCGAUAUUCUCGAAUGCUCCAAGGACAGAGGCAACUAGAAUCUCAACCCCAGGAGAUGGGACAGGUGACCAAGGAUUCAAUUCACACUCAAAGAUUCCAGGAGAAUGGGAGGAUGGAAUUAUCAUUCCUGAAAGUGCAAAACGAACGAGAUGAAAAGCAGGCAAUUGCAAAAGGGAAGUUGGAGCACUCAUGUAUGGAUGAAGGCCAGUUAGUACAGCCCACUGUGAACACAGCAGAGGAACUAGCUCCAAGCUGUCAAGGCCUGCAUGAACACAACAUCUGUAACUCUAACACUAUAGCAUCUGUUUCCGAUGUGGAUCAAAAAAAAAUUAGUUUGAGUUUAAAGAAUGAGGAAACUACAGAGCUGUCUCAGGCACUAAAAAUAACGGACACAGCAAAGACUCUGGCUCUUUACACAAGGCAGCUUCCGACAAAACCAAAUUCUGCAAUGUUAGUCAAAAAAGAAAAUGACUUUCAGCAACAGCUGUACUAUGAGGACUUGCCAACCAGUAAAAAAGAACAUUAUAAAGUUGACCACAACCCCUACAGCUUAAGCCAGCCACCUGUCAGUGCCUCUAUUGGGUUUGCCACUGACAGACCUCCACUGAGUCCUCAGACUGCCCAUUUUCAACCCCUCGAGUGCAGUGAAAAAAGUGGAUACGCACCAUACAUUAAACAAGCUGCUUGUGCAGGGGUAGGUUAUAGGGAUGUGUGGCCACAGAGCACCCUACUGCAUUUGCAAGACUCCUUCAGUAAGUCGGCAGCCCAUAAAAGAUUCCAUGAGACAAAUAAUUCCAAUACUUUGGAUCUGAGAGACAAUAUUCACUCAGGGAAAAGACGCACAUUCUAUGGCUUCAAUUCUUAUUAUUUCCACAACUGACCGAAGGAAGGUGAAAUGCAAUAAUGCAAUGUCGCCACUACGUCUCAUGGUUUUUAUAGUCGGUGGUUAUUAUCCUCUUUCCUGAGUCUUGCAUAGUGUUGUGCCACUUCUACCUACAAGUGGCCCAGUUGUGCAGUGGGUCACAUCACUGCCUCAGACUCCAAGGACCUGGAUUUAAAUUCCUUGUUAGUGCUGUAUGGAGCUAACAUUUUUAUGCAUAUUCAUAUCGGUUUCCUCUCACAUCCCAAACACAUACACAUUAGUUUGAUUGGUAUUUCUAAACUGGAGAUGUAACUGCCACCCCAAAAUGUGUAAUUGGACAAUUUCACAAAGACAUGGACAGCACUUCUGUCUCAUAGCUUCAGGGAUGUGGACUCAAAUCCUGGCCUUUUUACUGUGUGUAUGGAGUUUGCAUGUUCGCACCUGUGUUCCAAAGAUGUGCAUACUAAGUUGAGUGAUGACUUCUAAUUUGCCUGCCGUGGUGGACUGCGGGUGUGUGCAUAAAGGUGCAAAAUGCAAGUUUCAUUCUUGGCUUCUGCCUGAUGCUAUCAGGAUAAGCUGAUAGCAUGUCUUGCAAGAUUCAGAAAAUAGAUAAAUUCAUUUAAAGGUAUUUGUUAAUCCUAGAACAAAAACAGUUUAUUUAGAACUUGUGAAACCUUACCACUAACAGAAUUAUGAUUACAUAUAACACAUGCGCUGGUGGAUAGUACACACAUACAUUAUAUUAUGGAGAAUGAGCUUUGAAAAUAAUAAGGAGAGGUUCUAAGAUGAACUUGAUAGUCAGUUGCCAUAGAACUGAUUGUAUAUGGGGGCAUCAAAGGGAACCCCCCCAUUUUUUAAAAAGAUUCAACACAUCAACAUUUGUUACCCUUACCUAGUGACUAAAUUUGGUUAAAUAAAACAGCAAAUAAUAAUAAUUAUUUACAUUUACUGUAUAUAGCUAUUUUCUCACUACUCAAAGCACUUUAAAUAUACAGUGGGGAACAACUUCAGGCAUCACCAAUGCUCAGCAUCCACCUGGAUGAUGUGACGGACGCUAUUUUGCACCAAUAUGCUCACCACACAUUAGUUAUUACAUGGUGAGGGGUGAGAGACAGGUAGCCAGUUAGAGACAGGGGAUGAUUAGGGAGCCAGAAUGACUAGGCCAUGGUGGACAAUUUAGCCCUGACAUCAGAAUACAUAGUACAUAGGGAUCUUUUCUGGGUCAGAACCUUGAUUUUACAUCUCAUCAUUUUUACAUCACAGUGUCCCCAUCACUUCACUGAGGGGCAUCAGGGUCCACAUUCAGAUACCUGGUAAAUAUGCACCAUUGACCACCUGUAUAAUCAUAAGCAAGUUAUUUAACCUACCCCUGCUCCAGUUCUACAAACAUGUAAACAAUUUUGAUAUACAUGAGUGAUUAAAAUAUCAUUUUGCGUAAAAGCAUCAAAUAAAAAAACUGAAUAAUGA